AUGGCGGACGCUACUGGAAGCGUUCUGGGACAGCUCUUUGCAGAAUAUAUCUUGAACGGAAAGAAGAUUAAAUUGGGGACAGGGAGAGCUGCAACUGUGGCAGACGAGAUCUAUCAAAAUCUGAAAAAAUGGGACCCAAAGUCCGGCCAGCAAUUUGACAUCACUGGCAACACGAAGAAUCCUUGGAGUCUUAAGGUAGGCUCUGAUCCUGUGAAUUCGGUCUGGUCUCGUCAAAUAACCGCUCCGAUGCCUCUUGGGGCUAUCAACGACCUGAUGAAGCAAUCUAAGAUUAACAUUGGCAAAAGCUCGCCCCCCCUUGUGACUUAUGCAAGAAGCAAGAUCGAUAGCAAGGUCUGGGUCAAUGAUUUUAUUUUCGAGGAGAGCCCUGGUGGUCUUACUAAGAAUGUUGGCGAAAAUGUUCGCGGAUUCCUUGCGCUUCUUCUUUCCCAUGCAAAGGCUGGCAGCCAGGUCCGCAACAGUGAAAGUGCUAAGGAAUUGACAUCGAUUAUGCCGCGAACAAGCUUUGCUAAAAUGUAUAAACUCAUCGAGUCUAAGCUUGAAAAUAAAGAUCUAUGGGCUAUCGUGAACAAGCUGGCGUGCUAUAUAAACCCUAUAGAAGACGCCGAUGAAUAUGCCGCUGUUGAUGAGAGUUUUUGCUCUGGCUGCCCGGAUAAUACGAAGAUCAAUGGCAAAUUCGAGGAAUUGCAGAUUAACAUCUGCUACGGCUCAGAGGAGUGCCCUGUCAAUGUCAAGGCCUGGAUCCAGGGCUUGGAAGAUGGCAAAGAUCUGCUCAAGGAAGCUGAUGAAGCAAUGAUUGAUGGCCAAGUUGGAGGGUAUGGAUACUUGACCGAGUAUCGCCUCAACCAUCCUACUGAGAAACUGGCCCUAUUCGAGUUCCGUGAUCUCCCUUCAUGCAAGGCCUCAAGCUGGAAGAGCUGUUUGGAAGCAGCCGAGGCUGAAAUUGUUAAAUAUCAUAAUCAAUACCCAGGAAACUAG